UGGCUUCAGGAUGCUGAGAAACUGCUUGUCCCUGUGUAUGAUGGGAUAGAUUAUGAGAGCAUCACCUUCCAGCUACAGCAACACAGGGAAUAUUUUGCUGAUGGACACACGCGAACUGAUGAAAUGUCCAGAAUCCAAGACACAGCAGAGCGUCUUUUCCCAACACUUGAUCCCAAUGACAAAGAGACUCUGCAGCAGUCAGUAGAAGCUCUCAACCAGAAACUCACUGAUGUAUUGAAAGCUGCCGCGAAACGCCAGAAACAGUUAGAAGAUGAGCUCAAAAACUGGAAUGAGUUCCAGGGUCAACUCGAAGAUGCUAGCCAAACAGUGAAAGAAUUGGAACUGAAAUGGGAAAAUGUUGACACCACUGCUGCUGCCACUUCUGAACAAGCUGCUAAACAGUUGGUCCAGAUUGAGAAUUUCACUGAGGCUGUCCAGAAGCGUGCUGCAGUAUUGGACCAGAUGAACCAGAAGGCCAGAGAGUUGACCCGCUCUGGAAACCAGAACAGCCAGACGGUCAUUACCAGGAUGAUAGCUGGUAUUAAUGAAAGGUGGAGAACCGUCAGCAGUCAGGCAGAUGAGAGACAGAUUGUACUCAGGGAGUAUGUAACAGAGUGGCACCUUUUCUAUCAAAUCUAUGAGAGAUUUGAACACUUCCUACUCACCAUUGAGGAGAGGAUGCCCAAGGAAGAUGCCAUUAAGCUCACCACAGCUCAGCUCCAGGUCCAGAUGUCUGACUGCCAGACCAUUAAAACUGAGCUAGAAAAGCAGCACUCGGAGAUAGGCAAAAUGCAGAAGGCAGCCCAGGCAAUACUGAGUAAACUGCCUAGCAGUGAUGCCAGAAUUGCAGUGCAGAGGAAGAUGGUGGCUGCACAGGACAGAUAUGACAAACUUCACAAAGAAGCUACUGACAUCCAGCAGACGGCCCUUGGUGAAGUCCAGACUAGAGAUACAUUCCUUCAGGAGCUUCAUUUAACUCUUCAGUGGUUGCAAGAGGCCCAAGCAAGAUCUCAGUCUCUCACUCAGGGAGAUUUACAUACUAGAACUGAAAAGUAUAAGGCCUUACAACGAGAAGUUAUCCUGAAAACCGAGCAUCUCAAGACCCUUGUGCACAAACAACGUGAAAAGUACCGCGCCCUGUCGCGCGACCUGCCCCCAGAGCUGAUCACAGAGAUAGAGGUGUACAAACAGGCAGAGGAGGCCACAGUGAAACAACUGAAGGAGAGUGAGAAGCAGCUGGAUCAUGCCAAACAAAGCAAGAUUGAAUACCAUGACAUGGUCAAGACAGUCAAUACCUGGUUGACCAAUGCGGAGGAAAAAGUUCAAGACAAAGAUGGAGACUUGGAAGAAACAAAUCAGAAGCAUCAGCAACUUUGUGUGGAAUUAGAGCUUUUCAAGACUCAACCAGAACAAUUAGAAUCCAAGGCCAGUGAGGUAAUUAACCUCACAGAUGAUCCAAAAGAAAGAAGUUCCAUAACAAAAACUGUUAAUUCUGUCAAUGAUCGCUGGGCAAGACUCCUACAGAAAGCAGCAGAGAGAACAGAACACUUACAGGAAGCCUUAGAUUUGUGGGAUAGUUUUGAGUCCAGCCAUAUUGUUGUUAGUAGUCAGCUGACUAGGACAGAGACAGUGGUCUGUACCGAGUUGGCUUGGGCUAGUCUUGAGCGUGUGAAACAGCAGCUACAAGAGCAUAGGGCUUUACUUGAAAAUGCCCCAGAAAUUGACUCUAAAUUGGAAGCCAUGAGCUCUACGGUAAGGCAGCUUUCAGACAUUUGCAAUGCCAGGUCCGUGUCCAACAAACUGUCUGACCUCCAGGAUCAGUGGUUCACCGUGAAGACUCAGGUCAGUGAGAGGACUGCCAUCUUGGAAGAGACUGUUGGGGAAUGGGAGCAGUAUGAGAAGGAAAUGGCGGACAUUGGGAAGUGGAUGGAAGAAACCAAACACAGCAUGCAUUUGAAAGACACCACUCUGUCCUUGAAGGAGCAGCUUGCAGCACAGGAGAGACUGUUGUCAGACAUUAAAAAACAUGGCAGCAAAGCAAACACUAUUCUAGCUCGCCAUGAGGAGCUCCGCUGUAUGGCUGGCGACUUCUCACCGACACGCGGCGCACAGCUCAGCACAGAGAUAGCUAGACUGCAGAAUGAAGCCAAGGAUCAAUAUGAGAAGCUGGUAUCAGCCAUUGCUCAGCAAGAGAAAUACGAGGCAGAAAUUAGCCGCCUGACGCUGCUGAUUACAGAGGCGCAGCAGAAGUUGACAACAUCGCCAGUGGUGGCAUCUAGUGUUGAGGGACUCAAGAAACAGAUUGCUGAACAUAAUACCCUGACAGCCCAGAUCAAGACCUACCAGGAGAAAAUCAGAGAAAUCAAUGAGCAGAGCCUGCAGCUACAGGAGAGAACUCAGCAGAUGAGUCCAACUAUUCGCAAAAAGUUCAACUGGGGCUCUGAAAGGAGUCUGGCUAGCGAUGAGACGGGCUUGAUGUCCUCGUUGAGCUCAGAGUCCAUAGCAACCAGAAAGACAUCCCAGGGGCAGCCGCCAGGAGACUGGAAGGAGCAUAGGACUGAUAGUGGUAUAAUGAUGACCCCUGAGGGCUCCAUAAGCUCAAAGGAGACCCAGCGCAGAGGAGCCGAUUCACUCAGACCUGGUGAUGCUGGUGGGACAGCUUUGAGAGAAAUGGUUGAAAGUGCCAUGCACGGGAGGUCUAAUACCCCAAGUGGAGGCUGGAGUGCCAGUUCUGCUGAAACAGUCCUAGAAAGACGAGCCCCAGACAGGGAAAGCAGUGGGAAAGGCAAGUCUCAAGAAAUGGAACCACCUGAAAAGAUUCCCAAGAUCCGUGAAGUUGAUGAGGAUGUGCCAGAUGCUGGGAAAUCUGGCAAAAAAUCUGAUCGACAAAAAUCCAAACACGUGACUGAUAAUUCUGACCAAUUGAGCAUCAAGUCUGAUGACACUGACAAUCUUCUGGAGGAGUACUCAAAUGCUAUGGCAGCAAGAGAUAUGACAGAUGGUACUGUCAAGGACCCUGAAGCAGGUGAAGAACCAGUACCAUCGGACUCACUUAGGAAAAUGGUGGAAAGUGCCAUGAGGGACAGAAAGAGUCCAGUACAAGAACAGUUGGUGACAGAAAUUGAAGGAGCUAGAGCCAUGGAGGUGGAAGAAGCUGAGAUUUUCCCUCAGAAGAAGCCCCAACGUGCUCAGGUUGAUACUGAAAUCAGGGAAAGUCCUGACAAAGAAAAUUUGGAACAACUCUUGUCACCAGAGAGGGUCCUUACUGUGCCAGAGGACACAGAAUCAUUGUCAGACCAGGCUUCUGUGAGUAGUGACCUUAUGGCCACUCUGGGUAGUCCGGUGAAGCCAGCUGACCUGACUGUGUCCACUCUGGGAGAGACCACCAUGGGGGAUGUAUCUAUGAGUGCUAGUGGUCCAGGCUCUCCAAACAAAAUGGCUCAACUGGCAGAACUCAAUUCCUCCUGGAACUCUCUCCAGGUUCAACUUGGUGUCAAGGAGCAGCAGCUGCAAGAAGCCCUCCAUAAACAGGAACAGUAUCAAGACGCCCUGCAGGAUGUCACCAGCAACAUUGAGCAGGUCAGGCUACAGGUGGAUGCCCUGUCACCUGAGACCACAGAGGACCUGGAGAGUAUGGUGACACAGUGUCAGGUUUUGAUGACACACAUAGAGGAAAUAAAGACAAAACUGGCCGGAGUGAGAUCCCUGGGUCAGCAGAUGUCCAGUAGCUCAGAGCCAGAGGGGCCUCGAGUCAUGCAAGCCACACUGGUGGUACUGACCGAUAGACUGGAGUCUCUGCAGUCUAUGACCAGAACAAGGAUGAGACAGACAGAGAUGAAGCUGCAUGACCAGCAGAAGCACCAAGCAGACUUACAAGAGUACCAGACAAACAUAGAAGAAUUCGAUGAAUGGUUGACCACAGCCAGACUGGAGAAUUCAGAUGAAGCGAUGACAGACCCAGAUACUGCCACUUUAAAACAGCAACUUGAGAAAAAUAAGAACUUGCAAGCUGAAGUAAACAAACGCCUCCAGCAGCUCUCAGACAUGGCCGUCCAGUGUGAAAGUCUCAUGGAGCUUGGGUCUUCAGAGGGGGCUACAGGACUGAGAUCCAGGGUGUCCGAACUCAAGGCACAGGUGACGGAGUUCAAACUGCAGAUCAUUGAUGGCCAAAGACAGAUUAAGGAUAAAAUCAGAGAUGUAGAGCGCCAGGCACUUUCUGCUGAGGAGGAGAGUUCCAUGCAGGAAUUACAGCAGUGGAUGGAGGACACUCGCAGAAUGACGCUGUCUCCAAAGAAGGAUGAAACGGGUCCUAAGUUGGUGGAGGAGAAUUACCAAUUGCAACAGCAACUUGAAACAGACCUUGCCAAACAUCAGAGACUGAUUCGUUCCGUGUCCACAUCUGGUGUAAACUAUGUGGAGCCCAAGGAUGCCCCAUUUGAGGCAAGAGCAGACGUCGUCCAGGCCAACUGGGACAGGUUAGCCAAGAUGGCUGCUGAUAAGAAACAACAAGCAGAGGAAGUUAUAAAUAGGGCUAGAAGUGAGGGCAAGCCAUUGGCUAUCUACCAAAAAGGUCAGAGGUCAGUUCAUGAGCCAGGCACCACAACCAAGACAGAGGAAGUAAAGAUUGGAAUGCUUGAGUUGACCCAGUGCUGGGAACGUCUGCAGCGACCUGACCAGGAUGAUGAAACCCGCUCUGAACGUCUGCUCCAAUUCCAGCGUCAGUUCCAGGAGACCAUUUUAACUUUGUCCGAGUGGAUGGACCUCAUUGAGGUGAAAUUGUUCGCAGUGGACCAUGACAGGACAGCUGAGGAACAACUUAAAGAGAAUGAGUCUGUCAUGAAAGAACUGCGCUCAGUUCAGGAAGAUGUGAAAGAGCUUGGGAGAACUUCACACCACAUUCUCCCUGAAGUUGGCGAGGAAGAGAAGCAGAUGGUCAAGGUGACAAUGGAGAACAUGGGCAAACGUCUGCAAGUCCUGGAGAGAAGAGGAUAUGACCAGGAGCAGGAAUUGAUGGAAAAGACAAGGAAAUGGAAACAUUAUCAAACUGAAGUGAAAAGUCUGCAGAGCAAGCUUACAGAAACCAGGCGGCAUUUUAUUACUUCUGCUCAAAGUGUGGCUCCUCUUGAACAACAGCUGGCUGAGAUCAAGAAACUUGAAGACAGUAUCAAGCAGUACGAACAGAAACUCCACAAACUAAGUCAGGAGGGAGAGGAGCUGAGUGAGGGAGAUCCCAGAGCCAUUCUGCCUGUAGAAAUGAAUACACUUCACACAUCCUGGCAGCAGUUACAACAGCAGGCAACUGAGAGGAAAGCUCAGCUCCAGCGUGCCAUGACAGUGCAGAGUCAGUAUGAGAAGAUGAUUCAGGAAUACGCGGAGUUUUUAGACACAGCUCAAGACAAACUACGUGCAGACACCCUGGCAGCAUCGGAUCUGCAGCAUCUGGCUCAACAACUGAAGGCACACAAAGAAUUCUUCAGUGACUUAGAAGGGCAUAGGUCUAUGCUGGACGCAUUAGCACAGAAAACUGACAAAGCAACUCGCCAGCGCUACUUCAGCAUGCACACGCGUCUCAUCAACUUGACCCACAUUGUCCAAGAUAAGGCCAGCCUGCGAGGACAGCGUAUCGAGCGCAUUGUGGAAGAAUGGGCCCAAUUUGAGGACCAGUUCAAUCAGACAAACGAGUGGUUGUUAUCUUUGGAAAAACAGUCUCCAGUUCGUACCACUGGCGAUGAGACGGCGGCCAUUAGACAGCACCAGUUUGUGCAGAAGAGACUGAACGAUGAAAAGGCGGCAAUGUACCAAGUUGUUGAGAAGGGCAAGCAGCUGGCGCAGAGGGUGAAGUGUCCUGCUCUGGAGACCAAUGUGGCUACAUUUGCUGAAAGAUGGGUUGCAAUCAACAAUGCAACCAAUCAAGAACUGAAAUGGCUUGAGGUACUUCUGGACCAGCAGACAACAUUUGACCAUGAUGCAGGCACUCUGGAAGAAUGGCUGGCCACAGCCAAGGAAAAGGCAGGAGAGUUUGUCUUGAAGGAUGAAGAUGUCAAGGAUAUUGGAGCAAUACGUGGCUAUAUUGAUAGGUUCCUGGAAUUUAGAAAAGAGGUUGAACAUCAGAGUCCAUUGAAAAAUAAGGUGAUGCUAACUGGUAACCAGAUCCUAAGGACGAGAAAGACAGACUCCAGUGGUCUUCUGCAGAGAUUAAACAGUAUUGAAGAAUCCUGGCUCCAGCUGACCACUCAGUUGACCAGUUGUGAAGAUAGGCUUCACCAGGCUCAGAUGGAGUUAAUGCCAUCCCGUCAAGCUCUGUCCGAGCUCCUCAUCUGGAUCAGCGGACUGGAGAAAGUCCUCAAAGAUGACAAGAACAUACCACUGGACAGUGCUCUGGACACCAAGAUCAUGCUGACCAAAUACCGCGGCUUCAAGGUGGACAUCUCCAACAAGCAGCUCACAGUGGACUUUGUCAAUCAGUCUGCUCUGGAGAUGAGUAUACGCGUCCCUCACGGUCACCAAGCAGAGAAGACAGAUUUUGCAGAAAAAUUGGGUCAGAUGAACAGGCGCUGGCAGGCUGCAGCCAGUGAUGUGGCAGAGAGACUGAAGACGUUAGAAAUGCUACAAGUCAGAUGGGAGGAGUAUGAGAAAUGUGUCAAAGGAUUGAUGGAAUGGUUCGAUGAUCAGGAGAAUAAGAUCAAGAAGUAUCAUCGGAUUGGUCACGAGAUCAGCAUACGUCAGACUCUCAAAGACUGCAAGUCACUUGAAGAACAACUCAAAGUAAAAGAAGACGAGAUAGAAUCAGUCAAGAAGUUAGGCUUGAGUCUCAUGGAGUCCAGCAAGGGCUCCUCUGACAGCAUCCAUGAUGUGAAGACCACAGUGGACAAGCUGAACCAGCACUGGGCUUGCCUUGACCACCAGGUGUGCCAGGUCCAGAAUGUCCUGGAGGACACCUUGAGACAGUGGGAGACUUACCAGGCCUCACUUCAAGUGGUCAGCCAGCUGCUGACCGAGACAGAGUACCUGCUCAGCCGAUACAAUGUGGUCAGUGGCGAUGCAACCACGUUCAAGAGUCAGCUGUUAAGACUUAAGGGAAUGCAGAAAGAGUUUGAUCAACAAGGAAGCAAACUGAAGCAGUUCCUUGACGAUGGGGAUCAGCUUAUUAAAGUAUGUGAGCCAUUUGUUACCCAAGGACUGCAGAGAGCUGUCACUGACGUUAAGAGCAGAUGGGAUAGUUUAGUGUCUCAGCUGCGCACAAGAGUGUCCAAGUAUGAAGGCAUCCUAGAAAAAUGGCAGAAAUAUGAGGCAGACUACACCAAGGCCAAGGACUGGGUGGAGAAGAAGGAAAUCCAGUGUAAUGAACUUCUGCUGCUGAGAGAGGAGGCGGAGGACAAGGAUGGCCAUCUUAACAAGAGCAAGGAACUGAAGCAAGAACUGGACAAUUUCCAAACAUCCUUGUUGACCCUCAACAAAGCGAGUGACCAGUUGACCAAAAACAUGGACAACACCACCAUCAUAGGCAUCACGUCUCGUGAGACUGCCCUCAGCCAAAGAGUGUCCACGAUGAGACAAGCUCUCCUGAAACACACCCAUAACCUGCAGAACGACCUGUCACAGCAAAGGAGAUUUGAUGACCUGAUUGAAGUGAUUCAGGAGUUCUUCAACGAUGCCGAAAGAGUCUUAGAGGAGGAAGACCCUAACAAGUCUGCCGAUGAAGACACCUUGAAAGAUAGGCUAGAGGAGCUAAAGGCUUUGAAUGUACAGUUUAACAACUACCAAUCGAAGCUGGACAACCUGAACAACAUGGGCUAUCGCCUGCCCCUGAGCAAGAAGAAUUCGGAGAAAUUGAAACAAACCAAUCAGAAAUGGUAUAAGAUGUUUGCAGAGACGUCUGAGAGAUAUCGCACCAUGCAGGGUCACAUGUUACUCCACCACGACUUCCAGCAGAAGUGCGAUGCAUGGAUGACUUUCCUGGCUCAAGCAGAGCAGAACUUGGCAGUGGAUAUUGCUGGAAAUUAUGAAGGACUUUUGGAGCAGCAGAAAAUAUAUGAGCUGUUCCAGUCAGAAAUCUACUCUAGACAACAAAUCCUGCAGUCCAUCAUCAGCGAUGGCCACCAGAUGAUGAGAGACAGCGAUUCAGAUGAACGCCAGGAAUUCCAGAGGAAGCUCUCCAUGUUGGACCAGCAAUGGCAGAGUGUUGUCAGGAGAACCAAUCAGAGGAAGGCUAUUAUUGACCACAACAUUUCCCAUUGGCAAAUGUACAAGACUCUUAGAGAGAAGCUGUCUAAUUGGCUUGAUGAAAUGGAUGAGAACUUGAAUAUAUUUGAAUUUAGUACAGCUACACUGCAGAAAAUCAAGGCUUUGAUUGAACAUUUGAGAGCCACUCAAAAGGACCUUGCCAUGCAUGAAUCAAUGUACCAGCGUGUACACGAGGCUGGCUGUCUGCUGGUCAGUAUCUCUGAUAAGACCACCGAGUCCACCAUACGGUCACAUCUGACAGACAUCCAGCAACACUGGUUCCAGAUCAUAGGCAAGCUGGACGGCAGGAGAGAACACCUAGAGGGCAUACUAAAGCAGUGGCAAGGUUGUGAGGAAGGCAUUGAAGACAUCCUUGCAUGGCUGAAGGAAAUGAGAAAAGCCUUGAAUGUAGGGCUGGCGCAGAAUUACGAUGAUCUCCAGCGGCAGUUGCAGCAGUGUGUGGAGUUCGAAACGGCCUUCGCCAAUGCGGCAGACAAAAGGAAAAUUCUCCUGGAAAAAGAACACCAGCUGGCGCUAGUGGUGUCACCAGAUGAUCUGACAAUUCUGCGCCAGAGAAUUGUCCUACUUACCAAACAGUGGGAUGAAAUAGCUAACCAGAUUGUACUUCGGAGAAAUUGUAUUGAAGAUCGUCUCAAUGAGUGGACACUGUUCAAUGAUAAAUACAGGGAGAUGUUGGACUGGCUUUCCUAUAUGGAGGCCAAGGUGUCUUCCAACCAAGAGUUCCAUAUUGAAGACAUACUGGAGAAAUUGCAAAAGGACUAUAAAGAAGAGAUCACAAACAUGCAGGUUAACCGUGAUGAUCUGUUUGCACAUGGCCACCGUUUGAUCAAAUCCAGCAGUGAAGUCAGAGCCAACGACAUUGAGUACAAGAUCAGCAAGCUGAGAGACAGGUGGCAGAGGUUACAGGAAUUGGUGACAGCCAGAUUGAAGAAACUCCAAGAGACCUUAACAGCGGUCCAAGAGUUAGAGAAGAGUAUGGCCAGCUUGAGACGUUGGCUGGCGUAUAUAGAACAUGCUUUGAGUAGCCCGGUCUCGUACCAACAGGCUGACCUCACCGAGAUACACAGAAGAUUACAGCAACAACAGGAACACCAACAGGACAUAGAGCGACACAGUGCAGGUGUGGCCUCCGUCCUCAACCUGUGCCAAGUGUUACUUCACGACACAGACGCCUGUCCCACUGAUGUAGAGGUCUCUGCAUUACAACAUGCCAAGACAAGCCUGGACAGACGAUGGAAGAACAUCAGAGCACUUUCUACAGAAAGGAGAAUGAGAAUUGAAGAAACAUGGCGGCUGUGGCAGAAGUUCAGUGAGGAUUACCAUCGUUUUGUGGAUUGGAUGAAAGACAUGGAGAAAGCCACCACAAAGCCAAGAUCAGCUUCUGUAACAUUUGCUGAAGCCAAGGAAGAACUCAGGAAGUUUGAGCUACAAGAUGAAGAAUAUGAAGAAUUGGACUGUUCUGUUGUGAGAUUUGAGUUGUUCUUUACUGACAAAUGGACAAGAAGUUCUAAGAAAUGA